UUAUUAUGAUCAAUAUAGGUUAGAUAGCACAGGAUAAAUGUGGACAGGGAGACUCGAAAUGAGGCGUGGAGGCCAGCAAGCAGCAUCAUGACUCAUCCAGUAAGUUUAGAAAUGAAACUGAAAGAAAGCAGUCACAAUCCUAACACAAUUGUUGUCUGAACCGAAACAAAACAUCGACGCCGAUCAUUGUGUAUUUUAGUGAAUCUUCACAUGUCUUCAGACGAGGAUUUCUCAAUUGUAGUUAAUGGUGAUACAGAGACCAUGGAAAGAAUUCAGGAACAAAUCGUCAAAUUUAAGGAACAACACAGUCUCGUGCUUCAGGAGCAACAGGACCUAGUCACAGGAUUAAAUACAGUAAAAAACCUAGAAAAUCAGUUCAAACUGCGCUCAAACAAAAUAAGACAAGCGCUGGAAGAAGAUGAUGCCAGUCACGCCAUAAAGGUUGAAAACGAAACGAUGAUGUUGGCCAGCCUGCGCAAGGAGGAGGUCAGAUUGAAAGAUCAGAUCGACGCAGCGCUGGAACAAGGGAGCCAGCUGGAGAGGCAUAACUACCACCUCAGACAGCAGACCGCAGUGUCCACUGCAGUGCCUGAGAAAAAGGUUGUAUUCACUGGAGUGACAGGAAACGAUGCAAAACCACAGAGCUUCGAGAUGAAGCCCCAUGUUUUGUACCCCAUGGACGGCGGCACAGCACUCAUUACCUUUGAAGAUGAGAAAGUGGCCCAGAAGAUCCUGGAAAUGAAGGAGCACAAGGUGGAGCUGGGAGAAUGCACCAUCACCCUGGAGGCCAAGCCCGUCCAGAUGCUGGUCCCCAGCGUUGUGGAGAUGGACACCCAGAUCUGUCCCCAUCGUGUCCUCGUGUCCAGCCUGCCCAGCAAUCUGAGCGGGGAGGCUCUGAUGGACAAGCUGGAACUCCACUUCGGCAAGGGGAAGAACGGGGGGGCGGAGGUGGAGUCCACGGACCUGCUGCAAGACUCUGGCAACGUGGUCAUCAAAUUUGUCCACGGCCACGUUGCGAAAGGUUUGACGGACCAGCAGCAACAUGAUGUGGCGUUUGGGAAAGGGAAGAAGCACAAAGUGAAGGUGACUCCGUUCCUGAACGGGAAGAUUACACACUUCCAGACCAGGGUGUCAGAGUGCAGUCACACCGUCCUGCUGGCCGGCAUCCCUGCCGUCAUGGAGCAGGAGAACCUGCAGGACCUGCUGGAGAUCCACUUCCAGAAGAGCAGCAACGGGGGAGGAGAGGUGGAGGCCUUCCUCUACAACCCUCUGGGCCAGCACAGCCUGGCGUUCUUCCAAGAGGAGUGUCCCGUCAAGGAUUAGAGACGGGACACUGGGAGUCUGCUCCUCUAGCCCUCUCUACGCUCUGGGUCUUGGGAUUCCUGUUUCAAUGAAGGGAUUGCAUACAAGUCUGUGCAACGUGGGAACUAUGAGUCUUGUUGAAUUAGAUCCCAAAUACGGUAUAUUUGAAGGGUGUUGAUUACAAAUUAUGAAUCAUUUAAAGAUAAAUAUUGAGUUGUUACACGACAGGUUGGAGUUGAAGAUAAUUUAUUCAUUGUGAUAUAUGUAAAUCAUAAUUACCUAAGAUAUGUUGUAUCUACUUGAUUGUUUACCUACAUCCAAGGCAGAUCCAACUUAGGGGAUACUUAGGGCUUUGUUAUUCAUCUUAAUUUGUUAUUUUGAAAUACUAAUUAAACAACCUAUAAUGAAGAUUGUAUAAUAAAGUUGAUUCAACUCAGA